AUGCAGCCGCAUCCGCGCCUGGGGGCGCCGCCGGGCGACUUCUCCGCGCAGUCUCCCGCGCGCGCUCACUCGUCGAGUUUCUCGGCGCGGAGCGCGGGCGCGUCUGCGUCCUACGGCGGCGACACUCCGCACUUUGACGGUCAGCCGCCUCCAGGGUUUCCGCCGCAGGUCUCCUUUGGCUUUCUCACCAAGUUCGCAGACGCGGCUUUCGCUUUGCAGCGGCAGAAGGGCGUCUGCCCUUCCGCGCAGGAGCUGCUGCAGCUCGUUGAUCCCCACGACCCCGCACUGCUUUGCCUCGCGGCGCUCCACGCGAAAAACAAAACGAUCAUCACAGUCUCAGAUGGAGUCAGCUGGUGCCGCAUCGCCUCGACGCAGCUGCCGCCCCUCGCACCGGGAGCCUCCGAGCCUCCGACGGAGGAAGACUUGAACGCCGCAGCUCUUGCGCUCUCCGGCUGUGUAAUUCGACUCGGGCAGAUCAGCAUCACGCGAACGCCCCGAGGAAAGCACAUCAUUCUCGCCCGCGCUUUCCAAGUGCUGUCGCGCGACUACCACGGCGUUGCGGAGCGACUCCAAAUGCAGCAGCGAGCGGAGGUCGCUUUUCCCUCGCUUCAAGAGGCCGGCGCGCCUGCAGCAGCGCCCUCUCCGUGCGGUCUCCCGCACGCGUCUCCGUCCCACGCGUCUUCUUCGUCUGCUGCGGCGGCUAGGCCGCUGCAUGCGCCUCCUGCGGCGCACGCAGGCGAGGACGGGCUCCACGGUCGGCACGCAGCGUCGCAUUUUCCGCAGAGCCGCGAAGAAGGCGCCGCCGCCCGCGCGCAGCCGCUCUACGUGCAGAGAGCCGACGUCCGCGCGCAGCCGCUGUAUCCUCCGCCGCGCGACGGCGGCCUUCCGAGCGCAGGAGGCCCGCAGCGGAGCAUGCAGAGUCUGGCGAGCCACAGAGUCGCGCCUUACGCGUCCGCGGGGUCUCAGCAGGGACAACACGGCAUGCGGCCGGCGGAGAGUUUCAUUCCGUUGAAAGAUCUCACGGCCUACGUAGCCAAAUGGACGAUUCGCGCGCGCGUUGACAUCAAAGGCGACAUUCGAAAGUUCAACGGCGCGCGAGGGCCUGGGCAGUUGUUCAACGUGGAGUUGAAGGACAAAGACGGCGAAAUCCGCGCGACCUUCUUCAACACAGCCGUGGAUAAGUGGUUCAACGUGCUGCAGGAAGGCAAGGUCUACUGUUUCCGCGGCGGCACCGUCAAGCCGAAGAAUCCUCGUUUCAACCAGACGCGGCACGACUACGAGAUCACUUUCGAUGAAAGGUCGACAAUCACGGAAGUCGAGGGCGGCGACGACAUUCCUUCCGUGACCGCGGACUUGGUGGACAUUUGUGGAGUUGAGCAGAAGGAGGUCAACUCGACGAUCAGCCUCAUGGCAGUUGUCCACGACUACCGCCCGGUUCAGUCCAUCACCAUCAAGUCCACCGGCCAGCAGAAACCGAAGAGAGACGUGUACCUGGUCGACGAGGGCGGCGCGUCGCUGGCGCUGACGCUUUGGGGCGACAAGGCAGACGCGAUUCCGGAGGAACAACUCAGUCAAAAACCUGUCGUUCUGCUCAAAAACGUGAAAGUUGGCGACUGGAAUGGCAAGAAACUGGAUUCGCAAGGGCACACGCGCAUCGAGCUCUUCCCCGACAGCAGCCGCGCCGCGGAGCUCCAGGACUGGUGGAAUCGCGAAGGCAGCCAACGCAGCGGCUUCACGUCAAUCUCCGGGGGGGGCAGCUCUUCGAUAGGCCGCAAGGAAGUCCUCAAGUCACUUGAGCAAGUUGCGCAGGAGGCUGCCCAGGCCGAGGCUUCAGUCUUGUCUGACAAGGGCGUUUACGCGACCUGCUGCGCGCUCCUCGAGCGCGUCGGCGAUGACAGAUUCUCGUGGCCGGCUUGUCCCGACUGUCGCAAGAAGAUGAGCGAAGACAUGCCGGGGUGCUGGGUGUGCCCCAGUUGCAGGAAGCAGUGUGAGCAGCCGAACCACACCUACAUGUUGAAUUUGUCGCUGAUGGACGUCACUGGCUCGCUGCGCUGCAGCUGCAUCGGCGACAAGGCUGAGGAGUUCAUGAGCCAUACCAAGGCCGAGACCGUCCUUCUUCUCGCCGAGCACCGCGCGCUCGAUGAGGAGGGCCGUUCCUUCCAAGACAUCUUCGCCGACGCGAAUCUUGAGGAGUGGAUUUUCCGCAUUUGCUCUAAGUACGAUUCGUGGAUGGACGAGGUCUCGAUCAAGCAGCGCGUGGUCGCCGCAGCGCCGCUCUUCCGGCAGGCCUCUGAGCAGACUCAGCAUCGGCUGGACUUUGUGAGGAGUGCGUUUCACCAUCUCAACAUUCCGCUGCCUUGA